AUGCCUAAUGAGCAAAAUUACAAUACUACUAUAAGCUUUGAACCCUCUGGGCUUCUAGCUAUGGAAUCAAAUAUGUGCAAUGGAGUUUUCUUGAAGUACUCGAUACCAUUAGAUACCUGUAAUUCAAAGUAUAAGUGGAGACUUUAUGUUUUCAAUAAUACUAACAAAUACCCAAUAGAUAAUUACCCUUCAACUAUAUCUAUUUAUGAGAAACAAACCUAUUUAAUUGGUAAGAUCACUUUUUACAAUAUUAAUAGAUCAACACUAGACAGAUUACAUGUAGAAACUUAUCCUGUCUUCAUUGAAUAUCCUCUGACAUUUCUAGGAAGUAAUGAGCGGAUUGCUGAUAUAGAAAUUAAACAUCCAACAAUAUGUGAUCAACAUGCCGUGAUACAACAUAAGUAUAAAAAUAAUUGUAAUCCUUGUAUUUAUGUGAUGGAUUUAGAUAGUAAAUAUGGAACAUAUAUUAAUGAUGAAAAGAUUGAAUCUAGAAGAUAUUACGAGUUAAAUGAAAAAGAUUCCUUAAAAUUUGGUCACUUUCCGAAUGAGUAUAUAUUACUACAUGAUCAAAGUAAAUAA